AUGGGAGAGGAGGAAGCAGAGGAGUGGCAGGCGCCGCGUCCAGAGAGCUCCAGCCUUGGCGCUGCGGAGGCGGGGCUUGCGGGCAGCUCCCGAGACCGACUCGGAGCUGAUUGGCUCGGUCCGCGGCCUCCAGGUCGGGGCGUAGGAGCGCGCGGGACGCUGGAGGGAGCACCGUGGAGCCUGGGCCGUCGAAGCUCCCUCCGCCAGACAGCGUGGGGGCCGGCCUUGGAGAAGAGGGCGGAGGGAACGACGGGGAAGACUUAUUUUCCACCCGGUUCAGUCGCCCUCGGCGCCUCCCACGCCCCCAGGAUCGCCUGGGCUCCUCCUCCCAGGCCUCCGCGACGCUCUGCAAAUGCAACUGCUCGCCACACAGCUGCCCUAGGACGCGCUCCUGCCUCCCUCUCGGAAUGGGACCGCGUUCCUUGUCACCUGACGGGGGUGGGGAAGCAGGCAGAUACAUGGGCCCUGCCUCCCAGCCAGCCCAGGCAUAGGCGCAAGGACAGAGGCACUGACCAGGCCACCUCCCCACAUCACCACCCUGAAGCUGCUUGUAGUGCGGUGCUGCUCCUCACCAUCUCUGGCCUCAAAGUAGCCUUGGUCCGGAGGCAGGCAGAGGAGACGAGCCUGAAAAGCCUGUUCUCAGUACCUGCAAACUGUGACCGACUAUGGCAAGGACCUGGUGGAGAAGGUCAAGGGCCCAGAGGUCCAGGCCCAGGCCAAGGCUUCCUUGGAGAACACACGUGAGCAGUGACACCCCUGGUCAAGAAGGCUGGGAAUGAGCUGAUGAGCUUCCUCAAUUACUUCGUGGUAUCCCAAUCACCGUCGGACGCCCAGCCACCCCAAGCUGGCCCCUAGGACACAUCUGGCUGGCCUCCAGUGCCCUCUGUCCCCACCCCUGCUUCUACAAUAAAUAGUAAAGGAGUCCAUGGUGAGUUUUUUGAGGAUGGGAGAGGAAGACAGAAGCCCAGGAGGAGGAGGCAGCUUGGGUGUGAAGGGUGGAGAAAGGGUCCAAGAAACAAAUGUGGGAAAUGGCAGAGUGGGCACCGCGGAGUCUCCUCCAGGCCCGGAACGGCUCUGAGGAGAUGAAGAGCCAUUCCAUGGCCCUGGCUGGUUUGGCUCAGUGGAUAGAGCGUCGGCCUGAGGACUGAAAGGUCCCAGGUUCAAUUCCUGG